UUGUCUUCCUGCUGGAUGGUUCAGAUGGCACUAGGAAUGGAUUCCCAGCCAUGCUUGACUUUGUACAAAAAGUAGUUGAAAAACUCAACGUUGAGGAGAACAGGGACCGUGUUUCAGUGGUGCAGUACAGUAGAGAUCCUGAGACCCAUUUCUAUCUAAAUACUUACUCGGAAGAGACAGACGUCCUCGACACCAUCAAGACUCUAAGGCACAGAGGUGGCAGACCCCUCAACACUGGGUCAGCUCUUCAGUAUGUGAGAGACAAUGUCUUCACUUCCUCUGCUGGCAGUAGAAGUCAACAGGGUGUCCCUCAGAUUCUCAUUUUGCUCAGUGGAUCAAGGUCAAACGAUAAUGUUGAUACACCUGCCUCUGCUUUGAAAGAAAGUGGGGUCUUGAUUCUUGGUGUUGGCACCAGGAAUUCGAGCAGAGAGAUUCAGAGAAUUGUCAGUGAUCCUUCAUAUGCUCAGUCUAUUUCUGAGAUCUCUGACCUUCCCGCUGUCCAGCAGCAGUUUUUGUCCACUCUCGCAAGCGCAGUUUCAUAUGUGACGCCGGUGAAACCUACAGUCAUAGCGGAAAGAAGAAUGACCAGGAGAGAUGUAGUGUUCCUUUUGGAUGGUUCAGAUGGCACUAGGGAUUCUUUCCCUGCAAUACGUGACUUUGUGCAAAGAAUGGUGGACAGGUUGAACGUGUCAGACAGGAGAGACCGUGUGUCGGUAGUCCAGUUCAGCAGAGAGCCAGAAGCCCAUUUCUAUCUUAACACGUACACAACAAAGGAGAGCGUUCUUAACACUGUUAGAGGUCUACGGCACAGAGGGGGGCGACCCCUCAAUACAGGAGCAGCUCUCCAGUAUGUGAGAGACAACGUCUUCACUGCCUCUUCCGGAAGCAGACGUCUAGAGGGUGUGCCUCAGUUACUGAUUUUGUUGAGUGGCGGAAGGUCGUUUGAUAACAUUGACAUGCCAGCCUCUUCCCUGAAGGAGCUUGGAGUCUUGACCUUCGCCGUAGGAUCAAGGGGCUCCGAUAGUAGAGAAUUGCAGAAGAUCUCAUAUGACCCUAGUUCUGCACUCUCAGUGACAGACUUUGCUAAUCUCCCCACUGUCCAAGAGCAGCUUUUCUCCAGAAUUAACACCGUACGCGAAGAGACCAAAACUGUCUCUCCAACACAGAUAGUUGAGCCUGAAGCACAAAGGAGAGAUGUUGUUUUCCUGCUGGAUGGGUCAGAUGGCACACGCAGUGGGUUCCCUGCAAUGAAGGACUUUGUGCUAAGAGUGAUGGAGAAGUUGAAUGUGGCUGAGGACAAAGACCGUGUUUCUGUAGUCCAGUUCAGCAGAGAUCCUGAGACACAUUUCUAUCUAAACACGUACACAAGAAAGGAUGACAUAGUGGACACGGUUAGUGUUCUGAGGCACAAAGGAGGAAGACCCCUGAACACGGGGGCGGCUCUCCAGUACGUUAGAGACAAUGUCUUCACUGCCUCCUCAGGCAGCAGACGACUAGAGGGUGUGCCACAAAUACUGAUCCUUCUGAGUGGCGCAAGGUCAUUUGACAAUGUUGAUGUCCCGGCCUCUGCUCUGAAAGAUCUGGGAGUCUUGAUAUUCACAAUAGGAUCACGAGGCUCCGACAGCAGAGAACUGCAGAAGAUUUCACAUGAGCCUAAAUACGCUCUGUCUGUGUCAGAUUUCACUGAGCUCCCAAAUGUCCAAGAGCAGCUUGUCAACACUGUAGAGGCUGUUUCUGUUCCCAUCACUCCGGCAUCACCAACUCCUACUGUUGAAUUUGACAUCAGCAGAAGGGAUGUUGUCUUCCUGCUGGAUGGUUCAGAUGGCACUAGGAAUGGAUUCCCAGCCAUGCUUGACUUUGUACAAAAAGUAGUUGAAAAACUCAACGUUGAGGAGAACAGGGACCGUGUUUCAGUGGUGCAGUACAGUAGAGAUCCUGAGACCCAUUUCUAUCUAAAUACUUACUCGGAAGAGACAGACGUCCUCGACACCAUCAAGACUCUAAGGCACAGAGGUGGCAGACCCCUCAACACUGGGUCAGCUCUUCAGUAUGUGAGAGACAAUGUCUUCACUUCCUCUGCUGGCAGUAGAAGUCAACAGGGUGUCCCUCAGAUUCUCAUUUUGCUCAGUGGAUCAAGGUCAAACGAUAAUGUUGAUACACCUGCCUCUGCUUUGAAAGAAAGUGGGGUCUUGAUUCUUGGUGUUGGCACCAGGAAUUCGAGCAGAGAGAUUCAGAGAAUUGUCAGUGAUCCUUCAUAUGCUCAGUCUAUUUCUGAGAUCUCUGACCUUCCCGCUGUCCAGCAGCAGUUUUUGUCCACUCUCGCAAGCACAGUUUCAUAUGUGACGCCGGUGAAACCUACAGUCAUAGUUGAGCCUGAAGCACAAAGGAGAGAUGUUGUUUUCCUGCUGGAUGGGUCAGAUGGCACACGCAGUGGGUUCCCUGCAAUGAAGGACUUUGUGCUAAGAGUGAUGGAGAAGUUGAAUGUGGCUGAGGACAAAGACCGUGUUUCUGUAGUCCAGUUCAGCAGAGAUCCUGAGACACAUUUCUAUCUAAACACGUACACAAGAAAGGAUGACAUAGUGGACACGGUUAGUGUUCUGAGGCACAAAGGAGGAAGACCCCUGAACACGGGGGCGGCUCUCCAGUACGUUAGAGACAAUGUCUUCACUGCCUCCUCAGGCAGCAGACGACUAGAGGGUGUGCCACAAAUACUGAUCCUUCUGAGUGGCGCAAGGUCAUUUGACAAUGUUGAUGUCCCGGCCUCUGCUCUGAAAGAUCUGGGAGUCUUGAUAUUCACAAUAGGAUCACGAGGCUCCGACAGCAGAGAACUGCAGAAGAUUUCACAUGAGCCUAAAUACGCUCUGUCUGUGUCAGAUUUCACUGAGCUCCCAAAUGUCCAAGAGCAGCUUGUCAACACUGUAGAGGCUGUUUCUGUUCCCAUCACUCCGGCAUCACCAACUCCUACUGUUGAAUUUGACAUCAGCAGAAGGGAUGUUGUCUUCCUGCUGGAUGGUUCAGAUGGCACUAGGAAUGGAUUCCCAGCCAUGCUUGACUUUGUACAAAAAGUAGUUGAAAAACUCAACGUUGAGGAGAACAGGGACCGUGUUUCAGUGGUGCAGUACAGUAGAGAUCCUGAGACCCAUUUCUAUCUAAAUACUUACUCGGAAGAGACAGACGUCCUCGACACCAUCAAGACUCUAAGGCACAGAGGUGGCAGACCCCUCAACACUGGGUCAGCUCUUCAGUAUGUGAGAGACAAUGUCUUCACUUCCUCUGCUGGCAGUAGAAGUCAACAGGGUGUCCCUCAGAUUCUCAUUUUGCUCAGUGGAUCAAGGUCAAACGAUAAUGUUGAUACACCUGCCUCUGCUUUGAAAGAAAGUGGGGUCUUGAUUCUUGGUGUUGGCACCAGGAAUUCGAGCAGAGAGAUUCAGAGAAUUGUCAGUGAUCCUUCAUAUGCUCAGUCUAUUUCUGAGAUCUCUGACCUUCCCGCUGUCCAGCAGCAGUUUUUGUCCACUCUCGCAAGCACAGUUUCAUAUGUGACGCCGGUGAAACCUACAGUCAUAGUUGAGCCUGAAGCACAAAGGAGAGAUGUUGUUUUCCUGCUGGAUGGGUCAGAUGGCACACGCAGUGGGUUCCCUGCAAUGAAGGACUUUGUGCUAAGAGUGAUGGAGAAGUUGAAUGUGGCUGAGGACAAAGACCGUGUUUCUGUAGUCCAGUUCAGCAGAGAUCCUGAGACACAUUUCUAUCUAAACACGUACACAAGAAAGGAUGACAUAGUGGACACGGUUAGUGUUCUGAGGCACAAAGGAGGAAGACCCCUGAACACGGGGGCGGCUCUCCAGUACGUUAGAGACAAUGUCUUCACUGCCUCCUCAGGCAGCAGACGACUAGAGGGUGUGCCACAAAUACUGAUCCUUCUGAGUGGCGCAAGGUCAUUUGACAAUGUUGAUGUCCCGGCCUCUGCUCUGAAAGAUCUGGGAGUCUUGAUAUUCACAAUAGGAUCACGAGGCUCCGACAGCAGAGAACUGCAGAAGAUUUCACAUGAGCCUAAAUACGCUCUGUCUGUGUCAGAUUUCACUGAGCUCCCAAAUGUCCAAGAGCAGCUUGUCAACACUGUAGAGGCUGUUUCUGUUCCCAUCACUCCGGCAUCACCAACUCCUACUGUUGAAUUUGACAUCAGCAGAAGGGAUGUUGUCUUCCUGCUGGAUGGUUCAGAUGGCACUAGGAAUGGAUUCCCAGCCAUGCUUGACUUUGUACAAAAAGUAGUUGAAAAACUCAACGUUGAGGAGAACAGGGACCGUGUUUCAGUGGUGCAGUACAGUAGAGAUCCUGAGACCCAUUUCUAUCUAAAUACUUACUCGGAAGAGACAGACGUCCUCGACACCAUCAAGACUCUAAGGCACAGAGGUGGCAGACCCCUCAACACUGGGUCAGCUCUUCAGUAUGUGAGAGACAAUGUCUUCACUUCCUCUGCUGGCAGUAGAAGUCAACAGGGUGUCCCUCAGAUUCUCAUUUUGCUCAGUGGAUCAAGGUCAAACGAUAAUGUUGAUACACCUGCCUCUGCUUUGAAAGAAAGUGGGGUCUUGAUUCUUGGUGUUGGCACCAGGAAUUCGAGCAGAGAGAUUCAGAGAAUUGUCAGUGAUCCUUCAUAUGCUCAGUCUAUUUCUGAGAUCUCUGACCUUCCCGCUGUCCAGCAGCAGUUUUUGUCCACUCUCGCAAGCACAGUUUCAUAUGUGACGCCGGUGAAACCUACAGUCAUAGCGGAAAGAAGAAUGACCAGGAGAGAUGUAGUGUUCCUUUUGGAUGGUUCAGAUGGCACUAGGGAUUCUUUCCCUGCAAUACGUGACUUUGUGCAAAGAAUGGUGGACAGGUUGAACGUGUCAGACAGGAGAGACCGUGUGUCGGUAGUCCAGUUCAGCAGAGAGCCAGAAGCCCAUUUCUAUCUUAACACGUACACAACAAAGGAGAGCGUUCUUAACACUGUUAGAGGUCUACGGCACAGAGGGGGGCGACCCCUCAAUACAGGAGCAGCUCUCCAGUAUGUGAGAGACAACGUCUUCACUGCCUCUUCCGGAAGCAGACGUCUAGAGGGUGUGCCUCAGUUACUGAUUUUGUUGAGUGGCGGAAGGUCGUUUGAUAACAUUGACAUGCCAGCCUCUUCCCUGAAGGAGCUUGGAGUCUUGACCUUCGCCGUAGGAUCAAGGGGCUCCGAUAGUAGAGAAUUGCAGAAGAUCUCAUAUGACCCUAGUUCUGCACUCUCAGUGACAGACUUUGCUAAUCUCCCCACUGUCCAAGAGCAGCUUUUCUCCAGAAUUAACACCGUACGCGAAGAGACCAAAACUGUCUCUCCAACACAGAUAGUUGAGCCUGAAGCACAAAGGAGAGAUGUUGUUUUCCUGCUGGAUGGGUCAGAUGGCACACGCAGUGGGUUCCCUGCAAUGAAGGACUUUGUGCUAAGAGUGAUGGAGAAGUUGAAUGUGGCUGAGGACAAAGACCGUGUUUCUGUAGUCCAGUUCAGCAGAGAUCCUGAGACACAUUUCUAUCUAAACACGUACACAAGAAAGGAUGACAUAGUGGACACGGUUAGUGUUCUGAGGCACAAAGGAGGAAGACCCCUGAACACGGGGGCGGCUCUCCAGUACGUUAGAGACAAUGUCUUCACUGCCUCCUCAGGCAGCAGACGACUAGAGGGUGUGCCACAAAUACUGAUCCUUCUGAGUGGCGCAAGGUCAUUUGACAAUGUUGAUGUCCCGGCCUCUGCUCUGAAAGAUCUGGGAGUCUUGAUAUUCACAAUAGGAUCACGAGGCUCCGACAGCAGAGAACUGCAGAAGAUUUCACAUGAGCCUAAAUACGCUCUGUCUGUGUCAGAUUUCACUGAGCUCCCAAAUGUCCAAGAGCAGCUUGUCAACACUGUAGAGGCUGUUUCUGUUCCCAUCACUCCGGCAUCACCAACUCCUACUGUUGAAUUUGACAUCAGCAGAAAGGAUGUUGUCUUCCUGCUGGAUGGUUCAGAUGGCACUAGGAAUGGAUUCCCAGCCAUGCUUGACUUUGUACAAAAAGUAGUUGAAAAACUCAACGUUGAGGAGAACAGGGACCGUGUUUCAGUGGUGCAGUACAGUAGAGAUCCUGAGACCCAUUUCUAUCUAAAUACUUACUCGGAAGAGACAGACGUCCUCGACACCAUCAAGACUCUAAGGCACAGAGGUGGCAGACCCCUCAACACUGGGUCAGCUCUUCAGUAUGUGAGAGACAAUGUCUUCACUUCCUCUGCUGGCAGUAGAAGUCAACAGGGUGUCCCUCAGAUUCUCAUUUUGCUCAGUGGAUCAAGGUCAAACGAUAAUGUUGAUACACCUGCCUCUGCUUUGAAAGAAAGUGGGGUCUUGAUUCUUGGUGUUGGCACCAGGAAUUCGAGCAGAGAGAUUCAGAGAAUUGUCAGUGAUCCUUCAUAUGCUCAGUCUAUUUCUGAGAUCUCUGACCUUCCCGCUGUCCAGCAGCAGUUUUUGUCCACUCUCGCAAGCGCAGUUUCAUAUGUGACGCCGGUGAAACCUACAGUCAUAGUUGAGCCUGAAGCACAAAGGAGAGAUGUUGUUUUCCUGCUGGAUGGGUCAGAUGGCACACGCAGUGGGUUCCCUGCAAUGAAGGACUUUGUGCUAAGAGUGAUGGAGAAGUUGAAUGUGGCUGAGGACAAAGACCGUGUUUCUGUAGUCCAGUUCAGCAGAGAUCCUGAGACACAUUUCUAUCUAAACACGUACACAAGAAAGGAUGACAUAGUGGACACGGUUAGUGUUCUGAGGCACAAAGGAGGAAGACCCCUGAACACGGGGGCGGCUCUCCAGUACGUUAGAGACAAUGUCUUCACUGCCUCCUCAGGCAGCAGACGACUAGAGGGUGUGCCACAAAUACUGAUCCUUCUGAGUGGCGCAAGGUCAUUUGACAAUGUUGAUGUCCCGGCCUCUGCUCUGAAAGAUCUGGGAGUCUUGAUAUUCACAAUAGGAUCACGAGGCUCCGACAGCAGAGAACUGCAGAAGAUUUCACAUGAGCCUAAAUACGCUCUGUCUGUGUCAGAUUUCACUGAGCUCCCAAAUGUCCAAGAGCAGCUUGUCAACACUGUAGAGGCUGUUUCUGUUCCCAUCACUCCGGCAUCACCAACUCCUACUGUUGAUUUUGACAUGAGCAGAAAGGAUGUUGUCUUCCUGCUGGAUGGUUCAGAUGGCACUAGGAAUGGAUUCCCAGCCAUGCUUGACUUUGUACAAAAAGUAGUUGAAAAACUCAACGUUGAGGAGAACAGGGACCGUGUUUCAGUGGUGCAGUACAGUAGAGAUCCUGAGACCCAUUUCUAUCUAAAUACUUACUCGGAAGAGACAGACGUCCUCGACACCAUCAAGACUCUAAGGCACAGAGGUGGCAGACCCCUCAACACUGGGUCAGCUCUUCAGUAUGUGAGAGACAAUGUCUUCACUUCCUCUGCUGGCAGUAGAAGUCAACAGGGUGUCCCUCAGAUUCUCAUUUUGCUCAGUGGAUCAAGGUCAAACGAUAAUGUUGAUACACCUGCCUCUGCUUUGAAAGAAAGUGGGGUCUUGAUUCUUGGUGUUGGCACCAGGAAUUCGAGCAGAGAGAUUCAGAGAAUUGUCAGUGAUCCUUCAUAUGCUCAGUCUAUUUCUGAGAUCUCUGACCUUCCCGCUGUCCAGCAGCAGUUUUUGUCCACUCUCGCAAGCGCAGUUUCAUAUGUGACGCCGGUGAAACCUACAGUCAUAGUUGAGCCUGAAGCACAAAGGAGAGAUGUUGUUUUCCUGCUGGAUGGGUCAGAUGGCACACGCAGUGGGUUCCCUGCAAUGAAGGACUUUGUGCUAAGAGUGAUGGAGAAGUUGAAUGUGGCUGAGGACAAAGACCGUGUUUCUGUAGUCCAGUUCAGCAGAGAUCCUGAGACACAUUUCUAUCUAAACACGUACACAAGAAAGGAUGACAUAGUGGACACGGUUAGUGUUCUGAGGCACAAAGGAGGAAGACCCCUGAACACGGGGGCGGCUCUCCAGUACGUUAGAGACAAUGUCUUCACUGCCUCCUCAGGCAGCAGACGACUAGAGGGUGUGCCACAAAUACUGAUCCUUCUGAGUGGCGCAAGGUCAUUUGACAAUGUUGAUGUCCCGGCCUCUGCUCUGAAAGAUCUGGGAGUCUUGAUAUUCACAAUAGGAUCACGAGGCUCCGACAGCAGAGAACUGCAGAAGAUUUCACAUGAGCCUAAAUACGCUCUGUCUGUGUCAGAUUUCACUGAGCUCCCAAAUGUCCAAGAGCAGCUUGUCAACACUGUAGAGGCUGUUUCUGUUCCCAUCACUCCGGCAUCACCAACUCCUACUGUUGAAUUUGACAUCAGCAGAAGGGAUGUUGUCUUCCUGCUGGAUGGUUCAGAUGGCACUAGGAAUGGAUUCCCAGCCAUGCUUGACUUUGUACAAAAAGUAGUUGAAAAACUCAACGUUGAGGAGAACAGGGACCGUGUUUCAGUGGUGCAGUACAGUAGAGAUCCUGAGACCCAUUUCUAUCUAAAUACUUACUCGGAAGAGACAGACGUCCUCGACACCAUCAAGACUCUAAGGCACAGAGGUGGCAGACCCCUCAACACUGGGUCAGCUCUUCAGUAUGUGAGAGACAAUGUCUUCACUUCCUCUGCUGGCAGUAGAAGUCAACAGGGUGUCCCUCAGAUUCUCAUUUUGCUCAGUGGAUCAAGGUCAAACGAUAAUGUUGAUACACCUGCCUCUGCUUUGAAAGAAAGUGGGGUCUUGAUUCUUGGUGUUGGCACCAGGAAUUCGAGCAGAGAGAUUCAGAGAAUUGUCAGUGAUCCUUCAUAUGCUCAGUCUAUUUCUGAGAUCUCUGACCUUCCCUCUGUCCAGCAGCAGUUUUUGUCCACUCUCGCAAGCACAGUUUCAUAUGUGACGCCGGUGAAACCUACAGUCAUAGCGGAAAGAAGAAUGACCAGGAGAGAUGUAGUGUUCCUUUUGGAUGGUUCAGAUGGCACUAGGGAUUCUUUCCCUGCAAUACGUGACUUUGUGCAAAGAAUGGUGGACAGGUUGAACGUGUCAGACAGGAGAGACCGUGUGUCGGUAGUCCAGUUCAGCAGAGAGCCAGAAGCCCAUUUCUAUCUUAACACGUACACAACAAAGGAGAGCGUUCUUAACACUGUUAGAGGUCUACGGCACAGAGGGGGGCGACCCCUCAAUACAGGAGCAGCUCUCCAGUAUGUGAGAGACAACGUCUUCACUGCCUCUUCCGGAAGCAGACGUCUAGAGGGUGUGCCUCAGUUACUGAUUUUGUUGAGUGGCGGAAGGUCGUUUGAUAACAUUGACAUGCCAGCCUCUUCCCUGAAGGAGCUUGGAGUCUUGACCUUCGCCGUAGGAUCAAGGGGCUCCGAUAGUAGAGAAUUGCAGAAGAUCUCAUAUGACCCUAGUUCUGCACUCUCAGUGACAGACUUUGCUAAUCUCCCCACUGUCCAAGAGCAGCUUUUCUCCAGAAUUAACACCGUACGCGAAGAGACCAAAACUGUCUCUCCAACACAGAUAGUUGAGCCUGAAGCACAAAGGAGAGAUGUUGUUUUCCUGCUGGAUGGGUCAGAUGGCACACGCAGUGGGUUCCCUGCAAUGAAGGACUUUGUGCUAAGAGUGAUGGAGAAGUUGAAUGUGGCUGAGGACAAAGACCGUGUUUCUGUAGUCCAGUUCAGCAGAGAUCCUGAGACACAUUUCUAUCUAAACACGUACACAAGAAAGGAUGACAUAGUGGACACGGUUAGUGUUCUGAGGCACAAAGGAGGAAGACCCCUGAACACGGGGGCGGCUCUCCAGUACGUUAGAGACAAUGUCUUCACUGCCUCCUCAGGCAGCAGACGACUAGAGGGUGUGCCACAAAUACUGAUCCUUCUGAGUGGCGCAAGGUCAUUUGACAAUGUUGAUGUCCCGGCCUCUGCUCUGAAAGAUCUGGGAGUCUUGAUAUUCACAAUAGGAUCACGAGGCUCCGACAGCAGAGAACUGCAGAAGAUUUCACAUGAGCCUAAAUACGCUCUGUCUGUGUCAGAUUUCACUGAGCUCCCAAAUGUCCAAGAGCAGCUUGUCAACACUGUAGAGGCUGUUUCUGUUCCCAUCACUCCGGCAUCACCAACUCCUACUGUUGAAUUUGACAUCAGCAGAAGGGAUGUUGUCUUCCUGCUGGAUGGUUCAGAUGGCACUAGGAAUGGAUUCCCAGCCAUGCUUGACUUUGUACAAAAAGUAGUUGAAAAACUCAACGUUGAGGAGAACAGGGACCGUGUUUCAGUGGUGCAGUACAGUAGAGAUCCUGAGACCCAUUUCUAUCUAAAUACUUACUCGGAAGAGACAGACGUCCUCGACACCAUCAAGACUCUAAGGCACAGAGGUGGCAGACCCCUCAACACUGGGUCAGCUCUUCAGUAUGUGAGAGACAAUGUCUUCACUUCCUCUGCUGGCAGUAGAAGUCAACAGGGUGUCCCUCAGAUUCUCAUUUUGCUCAGUGGAUCAAGGUCAAACGAUAAUGUUGAUACACCUGCCUCUGCUUUGAAAGAAAGUGGGGUCUUGAUUCUUGGUGUUGGCACCAGGAAUUCGAGCAGAGAGAUUCAGAGAAUUGUCAGUGAUCCUUCAUAUGCUCAGUCUAUUUCUGAGAUCUCUGACCUUCCCUCUGUCCAGCAGCAGUUUUUGUCCACUCUCGCAAGCACAGUUUCAUAUGUGACGCCGGUGAAACCUACAGUCAUAGCGGAAAGAAGAAUGACCAGGAGAGAUGUAGUGUUCCUUUUGGAUGGUUCAGAUGGCACUAGGGAUUCUUUCCCUGCAAUGCGUGACUUUGUGCAAAGAAUGGUGGACAGGUUGAACGUGUCAGACAGGAGAGACCGUGUGUCGGUAGUCCAAUUCAGCAGAGAGCCAGAAGCCCAUUUCUAUCUUAACACGUACACAACAAAGGAGAGCGUUCUCAACACUGUUAGAGGUCUACGGCACAGAGGGGGGCGACCCCUCAAUACAGGAGCAGCUCUCCAGUAUGUGAGAGACAACGUCUUCACUGCCUCUUCCGGAAGCAGACGUCUAGAGGGUGUGCCUCAGUUACUGAUUUUGUUGAGUGGCGGAAGGUCGUUUGAUAACAUUGACAUGCCAGCCUCUUCCCUGAAGGAGCUUGGAGUCUUGACCUUCGCCGUAGGAUCAAGGGGCUCCGAUAGUAGAGAAUUGCAGAAGAUCUCAUAUGACCCUAGUUCUGCACUCUCAGUGACAGACUUUGCUAAUCUCCCCACUGUCCAAGAGCAGCUUUUCUCCAGAAUUAACACCGUACGCGAAGAGACCAAAACUGUCUCUCCAACACAGAUAGUUGAGCCUGAAGCACAAAGGAGAGAUGUUGUUUUCCUGCUGGAUGGGUCAGAUGGCACACGCAGUGGGUUCCCUGCAAUGAAGGACUUUGUGCUAAGAGUGAUGGAGAAGUUGAAUGUGGCUGAGGACAAAGACCGUGUUUCUGUAGUCCAGUUCAGCAGAGAUCCUGAGACACAUUUCUAUCUAAACACGUACACAAGAAAGGAUGACAUAGUGGACACGGUUAGUGUUCUGAGGCACAAAGGAGGAAGACCCCUGAACACGGGGGCGGCUCUCCAGUACGUUAGAGACAAUGUCUUCACUGCCUCCUCAGGCAGCAGACGACUAGAGGGUGUGCCACAAAUACUGAUCCUUCUGAGUGGCGCAAGGUCAUUUGACAAUGUUGAUGUCCCGGCCUCUGCUCUGAAAGAUCUGGGAGUCUUGAUAUUCACAAUAGGAUCACGAGGCUCCGACAGCAGAGAACUGCAGAAGAUUUCACAUGAGCCUAAAUACGCUCUGUCUGUGUCAGAUUUCACUGAGCUCCCAAAUGUCCAAGAGCAGCUUGUCAACACUGUAGAGGCUGUUUCUGUUCCCAUCACUCCGGCAUCACCAACUCCUACUGUUGAAUUUGACAUCAGCAGAAGGGAUGUUGUCUUCCUGCUGGAUGGUUCAGAUGGCACUAGGAAUGGAUUCCCAGCCAUGCUUGACUUUGUACAAAAAGUAGUUGAAAAACUCAACGUUGAGGAGAACAGGGACCGUGUUUCAGUGGUGCAGUACAGUAGAGAUCCUGAGACCCAUUUCUAUCUAAAUACUUACUCGGAAGAGACAGACGUCCUCGACACCAUCAAGACUCUAAGGCACAGAGGUGGCAGACCCCUCAACACUGGGUCAGCUCUUCAGUAUGUGAGAGACAAUGUCUUCACUUCCUCUGCUGGCAGUAGAAGUCAACAGGGUGUCCCUCAGAUUCUCAUUUUGCUCAGUGGAUCAAGGUCAAACGAUAAUGUUGAUACACCUGCCUCUGCUUUGAAAGAAAGUGGGGUCUUGAUUCUUGGUGUUGGCACCAGGAAUUCGAGCAGAGAGAUUCAGAGAAUUGUCAGUGAUCCUUCAUAUGCUCAGUCUAUUUCUGAGAUCUCUGACCUUCCCUCUGUCCAGCAGCAGUUUUUGUCCACUCUCGCAAGCACAGUUUCAUAUGUGACGCCGGUGAAACCUACAGUCAUAGCGGAAAGAAGAAUGACCAGGAGAGAUGUAGUGUUCCUUUUGGAUGGUUCAGAUGGCACUAGGGAUUCUUUCCCUGCAAUACGUGACUUUGUGCAAAGAAUGGUGGACAGGUUGAACGUGUCAGACAGGAGAGACCGUGUGUCGGUAGUCCAAUUCAGCAGAGAGCCAGAAGCCCAUUUCUAUCUUAACACGUACACAACAAAGGAGAGCGUUCUCAACACUGUUAGAGGUCUACGGCACAGAGGGGGGCGACCCCUCAAUACAGGAGCAGCUCUCCAGUAUGUGAGAGACAACGUCUUCACUGCCUCUUCCGGAAGCAGACGUCUAGAGGGUGUGCCUCAGUUACUGAUUUUGUUGAGUGGCGGAAGGUCGUUUGAUAACAUUGACAUGCCAGCCUCUUCCCUGAAGGAGCUUGGAGUCUUGACCUUCGCCGUAGGAUCAAGGGGCUCCGAUAGUAGAGAAUUGCAGAAGAUCUCAUAUGACCCUAGUUCUGCACUCUCAGUGACAGACUUUGCUAAUCUCCCCACUGUCCAAGAGCAGCUUUUCUCCAGAAUUAACACCGUACGCGAAGAGACCAAAACUGUCUCUCCAACACAGAUAGUUGAGCCUGAAGCACAAAGGAGAGAUGUUGUUUUCCUGCUGGAUGGGUCAGAUGGCACACGCAGUGGGUUCCCUGCAAUGAAGGACUUUGUGCUAAGAGUGAUGGAGAAGUUGAAUGUGGCUGAGGACAAAGACCGUGUUUCUGUAGUCCAGUUCAGCAGAGAUCCUGAGACACAUUUCUAUCUAAACACGUACACAAGAAAGGAUGACAUAGUGGACACGGUUAGUGUUCUGAGGCACAAAGGAGGAAGACCCCUGAACACGGGGGCGGCUCUCCAGUACGUUAGAGACAAUGUCUUCACUGCCUCCUCAGGCAGCAGACGACUAGAGGGUGUGCCACAAAUACUGAUCCUUCUGAGUGGCGCAAGGUCAUUUGACAAUGUUGAUGUCCCGGCCUCUGCUCUGAAAGAUCUGGGAGUCUUGAUAUUCACAAUAGGAUCACGAGGCUCCGACAGCAGAGAACUGCAGAAGAUUUCACAUGAGCCUAAAUACGCUCUGUCUGUGUCAGAUUUCACUGAGCUCCCAAAUGUCCAAGAGCAGCUUGUCAACACUGUAGAGGCUGUUUCUGUUCCCAUCACUCCAGCAUCACCAACUCCUACUGUUGAUUUUGACAUGAGCAGAAAGGAUGUUGUCUUCCUGCUGGAUGGUUCAGAUGGCACUAGGAAUGGAUUCCCAGCCAUGCUUGACUUUGUACAAAAAGUAGUUGAAAAACUCAACGUUGAGGAGAACAGGGACCGUGUUUCAGUGGUGCAGUACAGUAGAGAUCCUGAGACCCAUUUCUAUCUAAAUACUUACUCGGAAGAGACAGACGUCCUCGACACCAUCAAGACUCUAAGGCACAGAGGUGGCAGACCCCUCAACACUGGGUCAGCUCUUCAGUAUGUGAGAGACAAUGUCUUCACUUCCUCUGCUGGCAGUAGAAGUCAACAGGGUGUCCCUCAGAUUCUCAUUUUGCUCAGUGGAUCAAGGUCAAACGAUAAUGUUGAUACACCUGCCUCUGCUUUGAAAGAAAGUGGGGUCUUGAUUCUUGGUGUUGGCACCAGGAAUUCGAGCAGAGAGAUUCAGAGAAUUGUCAGUGAUCCUUCAUAUGCUCAGUCUAUUUCUGAGAUCUCUGACCUUCCCGCUGUCCAGCAGCAGUUUUUGUCCACUCUCGCAAGCGCAGUUUCAUAUGUGACGCCGGUGAAACCUACAGUCAUAGUUGAGCCUGAAGCACAAAGGAGAGAUGUUGUUUUCCUGCUGGAUGGGUCAGAUGGCACACGCAGUGGGUUCCCUGCAAUGAAGGACUUUGUGCUAAGAGUGAUGGAGAAGUUGAAUGUGGCUGAGGACAAAGACCGUGUUUCUGUAGUCCAGUUCAGCAGAGAUCCUGAGACACAUUUCUAUCUAAACACGUACACAAGAAAGGAUGACAUAGUGGACACGGUUAGUGUUCUGAGGCACAAAGGAGGAAGACCCCUGAACACGGGGGCGGCUCUCCAGUACGUUAGAGACAAUGUCUUCACUGCCUCCUCAGGCAGCAGACGACUAGAGGGUGUGCCACAAAUACUGAUCCUUCUGAGUGGCGCAAGGUCAUUUGACAAUGUUGAUGUCCCGGCCUCUGCUCUGAAAGAUCUGGGAGUCUUGAUAUUCACAAUAGGAUCACGAGGCUCCGACAGCAGAGAACUGCAGAAGAUUUCACAUGAGCCUAAAUACGCUCUGUCUGUGUCAGAUUUCACUGAGCUCCCAAAUGUCCAAGAGCAGCUUGUCAACACUGUAGAGGCUGUUUCUGUUCCCAUCACUCCGGCAUCACCAACUCCUACUGUUGAAUUUGACAUCAGCAGAAGGGAUGUUGUCUUCCUGCUGGAUGGUUCAGAUGGCACUAGGAAUGGAUUCCCAGCCAUGCUUGACUUUGUACAAAAAGUAGUUGAAAAACUCAACGUUGAGGAGAACAGGGACCGUGUUUCAGUGGUGCAGUACAGUAGAGAUCCUGAGACCCAUUUCUAUCUAAAUACUUACUCGGAAGAGACAGACGUCCUCGACACCAUCAAGACUCUAAGGCACAGAGGUGGCAGACCCCUCAACACUGGGUCAGCUCUUCAGUAUGUGAGAGACAAUGUCUUCACUUCCUCUGCUGGCAGUAGAAGUCAACAGGGUGUCCCUCAGAUUCUCAUUUUGCUCAGUGGAUCAAGGUCAAACGAUAAUGUUGAUACACCUGCCUCUGCUUUGAAGAAAGUGGGGUCUUGA